UUAUAUUCAGUUAUUAUUUCUCAUUGUAUGAAUAAGUUGUUAAAUGAAAAUCCUUCAAAACAAUUCACCAGUUUAUUUGAAUCACGUCCAUACAAUUGCUAUCCAUCUUGCUAAUAUUCCUGAAUAUAAUCAAUCAUAUUUGACUUUCUCGGGGAAAAAACACUUAUUAACAUUUUCAUUUGUCUAAAAUAUAUAUUAGGUGACGUUUGACUUAGUCUUAUGGUCGGGUGGUGUAGAGAACAAUUAAGGGUAAUAAAGGAACAACUGUCUUACCUUUUAAUUGUUAACAGCAACAUUAUGUGGCUGCCUGAUAAAUGGUCACUGACCCAGAUCAUCUAAUGUUUCCUAAAUUGCAUAAAUCUAGUUGAAGUUCAAAUUCCUGUUACUUAGAAUACUGUUUAUGCAUCGUUAUUAAGGCAUUAUUGGUAAAUUCUUAUAACAUAUGAGUUCAUCAGUUAAUUGUGAUUUUCAACAUGAUACAUAAGAACUGCUUGUCAUGGUUUAGAAUUUCCACUGUUUCAUUUUUAUCAAAGAAAAACUCUUUGGAAAUGCUUUGUCCGUAUCAGCAAAUUAACAACUUACUGAGUAAAAAUAAGAUUAUAUUUAUGAAUCUUCCAGUAGUUCUCUCGUUUUGUCUACCAGUCUGGGUCGUGACUGAUUACAACCAGUGGGAUAUUUACUAAUCGCAAAGCUUUUUAGAGACUGUUUCAAGUAUCUUUGACAUUUUCAAGUUACAAUUAGCUAAAAAACAAUGAAUCGUAUCAAUUGUAGGAAGUUCAUAUUUUUCACAUUCCCCAAUCGCUCUCUGAUGUAAUAAUAAAUACCAAACAGAUAACAAUAUGAUAAAAACACCAAAUAGUAUACAUGGGUGUUUGUUGAUUCAUCAAUUUAAUAAGUUAUCGAAAAUGCCAGUAUAACCUACUACUUUUACUGGGCAAUGAUCAGUGUUAUCAUUGAAUUUGUUUCAGUUAUAGUGAUUUAUUUAUUUCUCAAAUGUCCAUUUUGCCCCUCUUUAAUUUUAAAUCAUUGCUUCAUUUGAAUAACAGAUCAAACAAAAUGUUCAAAUUGUAGUUAACAAAAAGACUAUUGCAUUCAGAUCACUUGUUACUAACAAUUGGAAUAAUGAAAACACUGUAACCAUGUCAUCAAGUAUUAGUAAAAACCCUUGGUCCAUAAGAAAUACUCAUGCCAAGAAGGUGUGUUAUGUCAUCAAAUAUAAUAUCAAUCUAGUUUCCUUCUUUAUAAUUGAACUGAGUCGUUUGUUAACAGGAUAAAUUGGUGGUUUUGCAUGUUUUAAUGUCUAAUAAAGAAUCUUUGUAUUAUUUCUAGUUAUGGAAAAAUAAUCUACUUAGACUAGUAUUUACUCAUUAUCCAACACGUAUUGAUUUGGCACCACUGGAAUUGCUGUGGAAACAGUAAGUUACCUAAUUUAUUUCCGAGUAAACAUUUCAGUCAUGAGCGAUUCUGAAUUCAUGCAGGCCACAAUACCUUUUACUCUAGUCUGCGAAAAGGUGUCUGUAAUAAUUAUAAAAUCUCUUCAAAGUAAUUCACUAAAACUAAAGUGAAGUCUUAUUCAAAGAUUUAAAUUUUCCCGUUACUAAAAUUAGAAAUUUCAAGUGGUUAGUCAUAUUGGAAUGUGUAACUCAAGGAAAUAUGGAAGCAAUCAAUUCAAAAUGUAAAUAUGUCACUAAAUACUGAUCAUUUUGAGUCUUCAAUAUGAACGGCAGUAAAAUUCCAACAAUUGCAAAAAGAACUUUAUUCAUUUUGAACGGAUUAGUGACUAUCUGAACUCAACAGCUUAGUGGAUAAUUAGGUGACAUUUGGAGUGAUAAAUAAUAAGCUUGAACCUCAAUUUGAAUAUUAACACUGGUAUUCAGUUCAUGCAUCUGAUGCUAACAAACUGUAAUAAAACUCGUAGAUUUUGUGCUUGGAAAAAUUGGUUCUAAUUUUUUGUUAUCAAGAUCAAAAACAAAAACUUAGUGUUUGAUAACUAAAACAGUAAGAAGUACUUUAAUUUUAACCGCUCCUGACUAAGUAGACUAAUAACUAAUUGAGUUGACUACAUUUUCCAUGAAAUCAUCUUAAACAUUUCUUGUUUAGUUGAAUGGUUUGUGUAGAUUAGUUUCACGUGAAGAUAGUGAAAUCAACUGUAGAACUAUUCAAAACUAAGAGAACUGAACAACUCCAUGUAUGGCUACUUCUCGCCAGUGUGUCAGAUCAAUCUUGUAGCCUCGUUGUCUAACAACUUCAUUAUUAAAUGUCUGAUAAAUCUAGAGCACUGGAUCAUAGUAUAGAUAGAGAAAUAAAAAGACGUUCAGUCUUAACUAGUUUCCGUACUCCGUCACCUGAUAUCAGCCUGUAAUAAUGUUUACUUUUAAUACAUAUGGAAUGAUAUGAAAUACAGCCAGCUUAGUUAAUACAUUUGUAAAACAAGUCUUUAAACAAAUAAUUAUCGUCACUUUUUGAUAAUAAAAGCAUUUCACACCUAAUUGUAAAUUUUUGACAAAUUUUAGAGGGAUUUAGUCCUUGAAUUUUAUCGAUUUCUCUGGAUAAACUUUUCCAUUAAAUAACAUUCAAUGAUCUUGAUUCUUCAGUGUGUUUUAAUUAACUCUUUUAAGCACUCCCAAACAAAUUAACAGAUUUUUUAAAACAUGGCGUUGUUUAAUUCCAGUUAUUGUGCAGUAAACACAUAUUUUCCAGUGAAUAGUUUUCAUUGAGAAACCGUCAUUCAAUAAUCGCUGAACAAAUUAUAACUCAUUUUGAUAAGAAUCUCCAAUUAUUUGAUAGAAUACUGUGACUAAUAGACUUCGACCAGGUCAAGAAUAAGAUGGGUAUGAUUGAAAUCGGUGAAUAGUGAUUAUACAAAUCACAAGUUGAUUGAAGUUUCAAAUGUGAAUAAUUGUAUUUCAACUCACGAGCUUCUUGUAGAGCUUCAAGCUAUUAAAUUCGAUCCCAGGACUAGACAGACAUAUCUAUCCAUCGUUACUCGGUCAGCAAAGAUUGGUUAGCGCAAAUCAGUCUGUGAUGCCAAACUAUAAAUUUAAAGAACUAAUUUCUCAGCUAACCAAUCAAUAAAAUUAACUUAUUCUUCAGUGUUGUACUAAUUUGUAUUAUCUUACAGUACGUUUUCGUUUUCAACCUCUCUUUCCUUCAAACCAUUAUUGACUAAAAUUUCGAGUUCAGCAGAUAAAAACUGUAGAAUAUAAUUUCCAUCAAAUUUUAGUUAUCCAAUCUAAACUGUGCAUCUGCGUGCAACAAUUAUAUCUAUUUGCUUAUAUGUGAUAAUACAUUUUCUUAGAUGGACACAUCUAAUUAUUGUUUAUUCGAAUUUGUCAAUAUGGAGAAAAACAGAGCAGUUACUUCACGAUAGAAAAUCUACCAUACCAAAUUGUUGUAUUCUAGCAGCAUUUGGAUUAGAAGGAAAUUUAUUGCCAAGUCAUAAAAGUUAUCUGUCUGAAUGUUCACCAAUUUUUACAGACAAUGACAAUAUAGACUAUAGUAGUAGCGAUGCUAACAUUGAGGAAACUUUGCUAGAUAAUUUCACAUUCGAUGUUUUCUUUAAUUUAUUCAUUCAUUCUUGGCCCAGAGAAGACAUAGCAGACUUAUUUUCUGCAUAUACUAAAACUAAAGGAUUUAUGAACUGUCAAGAGUUGAAUUCAUUUUUACACACAAGUAUUUCAUACUUCACAAAUCCAAAUGUUUCUUUGGAAAAUUCAAGGAAUUUUAAGGCAGAUGAUAAGCAUAAAACAUUGAGACAUAUAAAAUAUCUACAUAUUGAACGAACACAAAAUAAUCAGACACCAGUAAAAAUGAAAUCAUUUCAGAAAUUUCAAUCACAAAAAUCUCAAUAUAAUUCAAGUUUAAAAAGAUCAAAAAGUUGUUACACAACUAAUCAGACUAAUUUAAAUCAGAGUCAAAAUGCGAAUACUCUCAAUUUAACUAGUGAAUCUUUAUCUUCCGCAACAAGUCCAUCACAUCACGACAGAAAUAGAAUAAACGAUCACAAAUCUAUCUCUUCUCUUGUCAUUACUAAUUACAAAGAAUUUAGUGAAAUUGUUCAACGAUAUGAAACUAAUCAAUAUGCAGUCAGUAAAUGUUUAUUGACAAACGAAGGGUUUUACCGGUUACUCUUAUCUUCCACAUAUCGUGAUUUAUGCAUAAGCCGCAACCCAACUUUUGACAACUAUGAUCAACCAACAGAAUCAAUGUCUACAGUUGCAGAACCAACUAAAUUUAGUUUAGAUGCAUCACAACAUCCGCUCGCCCAUUAUUAUAUUAAAAGUGCUUAUUUAACCCACAAAAACUGCAGAGAAGAUGAUAUUAAACAUACUAUUCAAUGUAAUCAGGUGUCGCUUACAGAUACUGCAAUACCCAAAGAACCAUGUCCUGUGAUAGGAUAUGGUAUUAAAUCAAAUAGGAUUCUUAGAACUAUCCGUCAAGCGUUAUUUUUUGGAAUUAGGACCCUAAUUUUAGACUGUCAUUAUUUUUCAAGAUUAGUUGGAGCCGAAACUAUUAUUUCUAAUGAACUUAUCAUUGUCCCCACAAAUCCAAAUAAAAUACCAACUUGUUUUACAGAACAAACCUCACAUGACUCAUUUGAUUUAAUGAGAUCCAUUUUGUACAAAAACUAUCCAUAUGUCUUAUUCAAGUCCGUCCUACAAGUUCUGAAUGAAAAUAUAUUCCUUAUUUCUGAUUAUCCAUUCAUUCUGAUCAUAAACUUGUACGGGUUAGGUCAAGAGCAACAAUGCAGACUCGCAAAUUUGCUGCAAGAAUAUCUUGGACAGUGGAUAAUAGUAUCGCCUUUACCGAAUUAUACCAGCAAUUUGAACAAUAAUAAUAAGCUUGAAAAGGAAACUCAUUCAAUUUAUUCAAAAACAAAUUACUCACGUCACCUACCGUCACCAGAAAUGUUAAAAAAUAAGAUACUUCUGAGUAUUCGCUUGGUUAGGACGACCAGAUCAUUAUCCGAAGAUCAGUCACAAGAGCUAGUGACAGACAAAUCACAAAGUCACUUAACUCAAACAACGCUUUUGAAAAAUGCAGAAGUUGCGUCGCCAUUAACUGUAUUUAUUACAAAUCCUGAAGGUGAACAAAAAAGUGCAAGCCAAGAUAUAGCGUCUACCAACAGUAGUAGUCAACUCAGUCCACCAGUAAAGCACAGGUUGAGCUUUAACAAAAUACUUGACGAAUCGGCAACACCAGAGGAUCAUAAUUCGAAUGGCUGGAUUCCAAAAUGUUGCGGGAUGUAUACAAAUAAAAUAAUUGAUCGAAAUGCCGCAUUUUCUGGUCAAGAUGAAGUAAGCUAUUUACACCCACGUCUGGCCAGACUUGUAGUAUUGCCAACGCCAGAUUUUCCUCCUGACACUUGUAUAGCAUUACACUAUCAGUAUUUGCUUUGGAACUCCAAGUUCAAUGUAAUGGAUUUCGAUGGUAGGCACUUAGAAUCUAAUAUUUUACGAAGGCUACAGAUUAGAAGAAAAUCUGAAAGACCAAUACAUGAUUCAGGAAGUUUCAAAAAUAUGAACUCUGUUAAUCUUGACAAUAAUGAUCUACAGUCAAACAGAAAAUUGGAGGAAGGUGAACUUCUUACUUCUCUAUUUAACUUAAUUACUACUCGGAAGGCCCAGCUAAAACACAGAGAUAGGAAAAGAAGAUUACUUAAGCGUUUAAUCACCGAGGUUUGUGGAAAUAUGACUAGCAAGAAAGGAUCAACAUCAGGUGUAAAUAAUACCCCAUCUUCAAAUAGAAAAUAUACAUGGUCAAAUGCUUCAGAGGCUCAACCAACAAAACCGGAUCAUCAAACAGAUAAAAUUACAAGAAAGCAAGAUAAAGGAUGGUUUAAAAAUCGAAUAUGUUCUUCACCAACAAAACCAGAAGAAUUGAGUCCCAGUUCAAAAGACACUCUAUUGGCUGCAACAGUAAGAUAUGCUCGCCGUUUAUCAAAUGCAUCUGUAUCAAAAUUCAAUCUAUCAAUUAACUCUUCACCGCGCAAUUCUGAAUGUCGUGAUGUAUCUACGGACACUUUAAACAACCACAGACACCCUCAACAUUUAAAUAAUCGAUUGGAUGCUAAUGGAAACAAACGACCUACAAGUAUUUAUGAAGAGAAAGAACAAAAUUGUAAUGAUUUCAUUACAAAAACUUCAUCUUUACCUAUGAAAAAAGAAUUGAAGCAGAAUAAUAACAACAGUAAUCGUAAAUCAUCCAAGCCUCAAAAUCCUAAACAAACAAAAGAUAAAGAUUUAAAUAGUCAUACCUCAAAAAGACAAUCACGUAAAUCUACAGAAAGUGGACAUAAACGGAGUCCUACUUCUAGUUGUGGUCAUUGUUCAUGUAGUAGUGGCAGUCGUAGUGAGAAAGGCUCACCUACACAUGAAGCCCCUCAACACCAAACUGGACAAACAAAGUUAAGUUACUUCCGUGACGGCAUACAAAAAUUGAGAAAUAAAUUUGCAAGCGAAAAACAAAAGUCAUUUGAAAAUUAUGUACCGCGCUUUCAUUCGAAUAGCAUUAGUAAAUUAAGAAAUUCAUGGAGUGAAAGUGAAUCAAGUAGCAAAUCAACUGAUUCACUGUCCAAUAACAGCAUUUCAACAGAUUCAUCGCCGACUGUAGAAACUUCAUUAUCAUCAGAUACAGAAUCUUAUAGAAGUAAAAGUAGCACCGAUAACAGCAUCAGCAGUAGUUCAUCGGAGAACAUAGUGAAUAAAUCGAAAAGUAUGGAAUCACCGAUUACAACCAAUGUCAAGACACGUUUUCAAACACGUCUAUCAAGUGUUCGUCAUUCAAUUACAUCACUAAGCACUGCCAUAUUCCAUCAAGAUAAAAAUUCUGGCCGCAAUAUUUUACAAAAACAAGCAACUAUUGAAAGUCAAGAAAGUGGUUUAAGGUCUACAAAAAAUUAUUGGACAGAUUCAUUAAGAUGGUUUAUUGGAUCAAGAAUUACAAAUAUUUCAUCAGAUGAUUUGAUUUAUUUACUAUCUAGAAAGCAGAUGACAAAAUCACUAGCAAGAUACAAUAAAGAACGUUUAACCUGUGUUUUCUUGUCGGAUCAAGAAAAGUCAUGGGAUGUUCAUCAACUUUUCCGUUCUGUUGGGUGUCAACUAAUCCCAUAUGGACUGGAUAUCUCAGUAGCCACAUUUGACUUGGAAAAACCAGUUAGCGUUCGCCAACAAUUUAUGAAACUUAAUCAAAUGGACGAAUUACGAAACAGUUUUGCUAUGUCUGAAAAUGGGUACAUUCUAAAACCUGCUUUACUGAGAAUACCGACUAUAAAUCGCUAUCAUCGUAAAUUAAUUACCAGACGUAAAUAUCAGAAAUUAUUUCCAAAAUCUGAUCCCAAUUCAAAUAAUAUGAAAAAUCAACGUAGCAAUUAUUUAAGAUGUGCUUGCUGUUAUGAUCCAUUGGAUAUAAGUUCAGAAUGUGAAUUAAUUGGUAAAAUUUAUGAUGGAAUAACAAAUUUGAACUGGCCAAUAGCUUCAAGUCACGAAGCUAACUUUUACCUACCAUGGAAUUAUACUUUGCAAUUGGUCAACUUUAUGAAAACUUACAGUUUGCAUCCUGAAAGGUCACUGUUAAACAAUCAAGAAAACAUGGAAACUCAGUCUUAUCAAUAUAAUUCCGUGAAACCAAAUAAACUGCCUAAACGGUACCGACGUGCAGCUAAUGCGACAAACACAACGCCAAGACGUCAAAGACAUGCAAGUGCCAGUAGACCAGCAGCAGUAUGUAAUGCUGCCAGUUUCAAAAAUCGUCAAUCAACUCCUACGAAAACUAAUUCUUGGGGUUCGACUCAAGUUAGACACCAAAGUCAAGAAAAUAUGAAUUUGAAGAACAGGAAUAUUGAUUUUCACGAGCGACGUCGACUAAAUUCAUCAAAGAGAGACUCUGAAAACAUAAUAAUUGAGGCUGAAAUCAAAGCGCCACUUUUCAAAUUUUCACAUCUUACUACAAACAUAUCAAAACGCUUUUGCCAAGUUCCAGAAGAGCACAACAUAGUACGCUAUCGUCUUUACUCAAACAAUCCAUUAUUUCUUACAGAUGUAACUGCAAAUAACCAGUAUACUCUAAGAAAAUCUAAAACACUAUCAAGAUCUUCUUACGUACUCUCAUCUAUGUUAAAUGACAAAGAAAGGAUUCCCAUGUUCUCAAGCUUCAAUUCAAUGUCAAGAAUUAGUUCUGAACUUAUGCUAGAUUGGCUAUCUACGCGUAAAGUUACAUUUUCCCGUAUUCAUUUGCCUGAAUCAAUUUGUAUUACAAUAAAUAUGGGGAGUCACAGAAAAAAGAGUGACAAUGAUAUUAAAUCAUACGAAAAUAUGGAAAACGUUAUUGCGUCGUGUAUAAUAAAUUCAAAUAGUCCACUAAAUAAAGCAUUAACAGGUUUUCAACAUUUUCAACUUAAAUUAGUCGAUCAGUCUAGGACAAAAAUAAUUCCCCGAGAGGAAAAGGAUGACGUUACAGAAUUUGAUCACAGUGUCUUUCACCAACACUUGAAAGCUACCAUAGGUUUGCUGAUAUUUUGCAAGAUAAACAUGGAUACUUACGUACCGCAUUCAUUGGGUGAUUUGAUUGAAACACUAACCAAAAAAUAUGAUACUCGUUUGAGAAGUAUACCUUCUAACCAACAAACAAAUGAUAAACAGUAUAAUGCUAACCGUUCAAAAAGUUAUCUGUAUUUAGAUCGACACCAAAGUAUUAAGGAAGUAUCUACGUUAAAACAGUCAAUAAUCCGUUCAAAUUCUUUUACCUAUAGGGAAUAUGGUAAAGACCUACAACAAAAUGCCAUUUGAGUGAAUAUGUGAGGAUUAUUUUAACAUUAAUAAAAAGAGAAAUUUUAUUGAUACCAAUAGUGUAAUGAUAAUCGUACAAGUGUUAUUAAUUCUGAUUGGAAUAGAUGGUGUAUUUUUCUUAAAGAACCUAUCAAAUAAUCUUUACUUGAUUUUAAAAUAUAUGAACACUCCAUCUGUACAAUCCAAGAAGAUGUAGACUCACUUUGUAACACAUGAUAAAUUGGUUAUUGUAGUAGUCAAACAAUUACGUUCUUUGUGCAAAAUAUACUUUAUUUUACAAAUC